AUGAUUCAAGACAAUACGAGGGUAGCGGCAGUACGAGAGCGAUACAAGGCUGCAGGACAGGACCACGUCUUCACCUUCUGGGACGAGCUCUCAGAGCGGGAGCGGGAGUCGUUUCUCCUCCAGCUCGAAUCCUUCGACCCCGUUGCGCUUAAUAUCACCUACGCCCAAGCGACUGCUUUUUCCAAGAAUACCGUCAUCUUUGCAGACCUCUCACCGUUGGAUCCGAGCGAGGUCCAGUCUACAUUAACGGCAACCUCUGAAGAAAAGGACGAAUGGUACACCCUAGGAAUGAAGGCGAUCGCUAAUAACCAGGCUGCGGUCAUUCUGUUGGCAGGAGGGCAAGGUACUCGUCUGGGCUCAAUGCUCCCCAAAGGCUGCUACCCCGACAUUGGACUUCCCUCUCACAAGACGCUCUUUCAGAUCCAGGCAGAGCGAAUUUUUAAGCUUCAGGAACUGGCCAGGAUGGACAGAGCAAAGAGGAGCGGUCAAUCUCUUGAUUCCGUCCCACCUGUGGUGGUCCCAUGGUGCAUCAUGACCUCUGGAUCAACGCGACACCAGGCAGAAGUUUUUUUACGAGAGCAGGACUACUUUGGGCUGUCGGCGGACAAUAUCAUCAUUUUUGAGCAGGGCGUCAUUCCUUGCUUCGAUAAAGAGGGUAAAUUCCUGCUGGACCAAAAGAACACGAUUGCGACUUCGCCCAACGGCAACGGAGGACUUUAUUGGGCCCUGCGCCGCGAGGGUGUCCUGGACGAGCUGGCGAAAAGAGGCGUCCGUUACGCGCACUGCUAUUCUGUCGAUAAUAUCCUCAUCAAGAUUGGAGAUCCUAUCGGCAUCGGCCAUGCAUUGGAGACAGGAGCGGACGUCACCGCCAAAGCCAUGCCCAAGACCAGGGCUACUGAACCAUUGGGAAUGAUCUGCCGAUUGGGAGGGAAGAUCAAGGUGGUCGAGUACUCGGAGAUGGAUCCGGGGCUCGCGGCGCUCAUCGACGACCGAACGGGCGAAUCUGUCUACCGCACAGGCUAUAUCUGCAACCAGAUCUGUUCACUAGACCUUCUUCAAAAGAUAUCCGGGAUUUUGCAGAACAAGGGCCAGGAUACAUUGCCCUAUCACCCCGCACUCAAAAGGAUUCCACAUGUUGAUCUCCGCACGGGUCUCUUCGUCCAUCCAGAGAAGCCGAAUGGCGUCAAACUGGAGUUGUUCAUCUUUGAUGUCUUUCCGUUAGCAGAACGAUUCGCGUGUUUAGAGGUCGAGCGAUCCAGAGAAUUCUCGCCAAUGAAGAACGCGACCGGACUGGACUCGCCGAGUACAUGCAGGAGGGAUCUGGAGCGACUGCAUAUACGAUGGAUUGGAGAAGCAGGCGGACAUGUGGAGGGCAAAGCUAUCGAGCAAAUUGGACCGCGUCUUAGUUAUGCGGGCGAGGGGCUUGAGUGGGUCAAGGGCAAGACGAUUCGUGCAGGCGCUCUGGAGAGUCGUGAUGAUGCUCUGUUCAUCAAGCACUAA